AUGGUCCAAGGGCCAAGGCCUGGCUGCCCAGAGCAGACCGUGCAGAAGCAGGAGAGCUGCACAAGCCGCUGCGCGAGCAAACCGUCCUCGGAGGCCGUUGCCAGGAAGGACUCGGUCUGUGCAGGCAGCGGGCCUGUUUCGUACCAAAACGCCACAGACUGGAGUGGCCCAGCCACUGCCCUAUCUCUUGCAUGGCUUCGCAGCUGCCCGGCUUGCACACGUGAAGAAGGUGCGUUCGCCUUGGUGUUUGGCCGAUCCUGGCCUUGGCCGGGAGCAGAGGCACGGAAGCUCCUGGGCCGGGUGCGCGAAGUGCAGAUGGACAGGGCAACUGUGCAGCUGUACUGGGAGUCUUCAGAGUCCCAGCGCGCGUCGCCGCAAGGACCUGCCGCCCCGGCCAUGGAGCUUUCUCCGCUGCAGGGGUUCAUCGACCUGAAGGCAAUACCUGCAGCAAAGAGGCAGCUGCUUCUCACGGGUCGUGAUGUCGGUGUGCAGGUGAGCCCGCUCGCUGUCCACACGCCGGCGGACGGCCUCUUGCCCUUGAUGCUUGCAGAUUCAGGUCCAGGCCGUGGUCAGCAACCAGUGCGGCCAGCUCGCCCCAGAAAGCCACAGCCACAGCCCGGUUGGCUUGCCAAAAACCAGCGAAGCAGCUCCACGUAUUGGGGAAAUGCCAGAUCUCUGCCGUUUUGCUUGGCCGGCCAUUUGGCAAGGCACCUUAGAGGAUCCGUGCGCGAGCUGCGCACGCGCAGUGCUGUCGUGCAGAUUUUCUGGGAGACGUCUCCAGUUCCAGGUCAAGAGCCGCAACUUGGCCCUGUGAUUGGGACCAUCCGCAUGCAGGACCUGCUUGCUGCGUAUGGCAAAACACACCCCCGACGACAACCACGGUGCGAGGACUUCCUAUGUGAAGGCCAGCUGGUUUGUGUGAAUGUCAUUGGGGCAACAAGCACGGCCAAUGAGCCGGCCCUCGCCCUCGCGCUCUCGACUUACCAACCGGCACUGUCAUGGUCUCCACCCCCGCCCUGCGCAGGGCGUGCGCCGCCGGUGGAGUGGAGGCGUUUCCUUGACAAGCACGGGCUUGUUGUGGAAUCUGCCAACCUCAAGCAGUCUCCGGCUGAAGCCAUCGAGGUGUUUCGAAGAGAGUUGGGGAGCCAACGCACCCCAGCAACUGAGACACUUGCUGCCACAAUUUGGGAGCUGACUCAGACGGGGCAAGACAUGGUGGUGUCUGGCGCUUUCCCAACUGAAGAGCGGCUGAUUCUUCAGAGUCUCUUGGCUCUCCGGCAUGUGGCAGCCCUACCGCGAAGCCCCUCUCGGCAGCCGGACGUCUUGAUCCUGUGCAGCAAAUCGUUUUCCGAGAGGUUCAGAAGCACGUGUCGGCAGGGAUCAUCUUCUGACGGCCAGCCCUGCAAGCGUGUUCUGAGACAGACGCUUUCAGGCACCACGUCUGAGAUUCUCCGAAAGGCAAGGCUCAACCCUGAGUUGCUUUCUCGGGUUUCGCUUGUCAUUGUGGACAUGUUGCCAGCUGCCAAGCGAACAUUAGAGCAGCUAGAGAAAGUGCUUGCCUUCAUGCCGAAUGGCAGACGUUGGGGACCCAGCUAUGUGUUUCACCGGGAGACCUUGCCGGCGAACGGGACUGUGGCAGAGACUGCGCUGGUCGACGCCCCCGCUCGCUUGCAAUUUGCUAACGGCCUCUGCGGCGCUCAUAUCCGCAUGCAGAUGGUCAGCGAUGACAGCGCCAAAGAAGCGGCUGCAUUGAUAUCGCAAGUGCACGCCAGGCAAAGCAUCCUGGUGUUCACUCAUGAAGAAUCGGCUCUGCUAGAUGAGCUGCGCAGAGUGGUUUCAGCGCAUGCCCUGAAGUCCGAGAGGCUCCGUAUCAGGAACAGCGCCACGCCGUGGAGGUUGGAACAGUCUCAGAGCUUCGAUAUCGUCCUACACGUGUCCCCUCCACCGAGUGCUCGCGAGUAUCUUCGACGCUUGGCUUCGUGCUCGAAGGAGGCCAUCUCUCUGGUGACACGCUCGGGCAGCGCGGGAACGGUUCACCAAUCUUGGGCAAAGCACGUACUGGACUUUGCGACAGAUGCGGAGCUGGCCAAGCUGCAGCGCCUUGCUCCGCUCGACAGGCCCCGUGGGCAAGGCGAAAAUGUGGAGAAUGUGGAGAGCGAGCAGCUGGAGGCGGACAAAGGCGUAGACCCUGUCGAGCUGUCCCACUCAUUCCAGAAGGAUUACAGUCUCCACGCAGGAGAGGACGUAGAGUUGGUUUGGCGAGCCGGAGCAGAGACAGACCUGUUUGAGGGCCGCUUUGCUUGCCUGGCCGCAGCCGUUUCAGAUCAUGCUUUGACUGUGGAGGGGCCUGCACCAAGCGCAGGCUCCGAGCUGAGGUCCCUUCCGGCACCUCUUUUACAGCUUCGCCUGAACUUUCGCGGGGCCUUCGGGCCUAGUCAGCCCCGAAAGCUUAGUCGCUUCAAGACCACCGAGCCUUACUUCGAAGCCUUCAUUUUUCAGGAUCUCUUGUUCUUCCCGCCAAAACUUGCCGUUCGCAUGGAGCUUCGAAGGAAUAUUGGCAAUGACGGGGAGGCCUUUCCGGCCACGGAACCCCGCCGGGGGCGCUGGCAGAAAGCCUCUGCUUUGCAGCCAAAGGAAGGCAACACGGACAGUGCCGAGGAAGCCAGGACUGCAGUGGACGACAGCGAUGACGAGGGAUUCUGGGGCACGCUGCCUCCAAGGGAGGAAGUCCCCAAGAUUGCAGAGGCGGAGCCAAAGGAGCCCGCAAAGCCCGCGCAUGCCCGCUGGCAACUGGAGCAGCCUGCCUAUCGGCAAGCAGAUCAACGGCAAGACCGGCUUCGGGGCCGACUUUCUCAGAAACAGAGGAAGCAACAGUCCUGGGAGAACCAAGCUUCAUCAGCUGUGCCGAACGUGAAGAAAUCCCAGGGAUACACUGAACCAGAUGCCAUCGACCCGCCAGUGCCUUCAAGAGCACCCGAAGCACCUCGCCAACCGCCGCACGAAGCACUUCGCGAAGCACUGGAAGUGGAGUUAGACCCAAGUGCUGAUGACGAGCGAUCGGUGCUGGAGGCGAUCUACGGCAACGAGUUCGAGAGCCUGAGUGCCAACGAGUGGAGGGUAGUUUUGCCUGGUACAGCUGGUGCUCCUUCAGCGGCCGUUCGCUUCUUGCUCCCAGCUGGCUAUCCUCGCUCGGGCGAGCCGCCUGUGCCAUUGUUCGACUGCGAAGGAGCUUCUCAAGGUCUGCGCCAUGCAGCCACAGAAGCCCUGGCAGAGUUGGUUGAGAAUUGGGAACCGCCGACAGAAGGCGAAGGUUGCAUCUACCAGUGGGUGGAGCGCAUACGCGAGUGCCUGGAGCCGGCGCUGGCGGCGGAAGUUUUUCAAAGGGAUGAGAUGGACACGGCUAUUGCCAAGUCCCUAGCUGCAGCAGAGGAAGCGACGGUACAGGCUGCCGCUUCCAAAUCUUUCACGUUUCUGCCUGCAAACCCGCAGUAUGGACAGAGGCGCCGCGUCUUUGAUGCGUCCAGCUUUGAUGAUGCAAAUGCGGUGGAAAUUCUUCGCGGCGAGUCUUUCGUAGACAGAAAAUCUACGUUUCAAGGCUUCGCAGCCAAAGUCUCCAACCAGGGCCAAGUAAACUGGGUGCUGCGCACUCUUCUUGAAGAUCGAAAAAUAGCCGUGGCGACUCACAACAUGUUCGCAUACAGGUUCCGUGACGACGCCCGCAACAUCCAGGUGGCAGACAACGAGGAUGAUGGCGAGGAUGGUGCAGGCUCAAAGCUAGCCGAGCUCCUGAAUCUCGCAGGGUGCGAGGAGGUGUUCGUCAUGGUUAGCCGAUGGUAUGGAGGCAUUCAGUUGGGGCCGGACCGGUUCAAGCACAUAGCCCGUGCGGCAUCAGUGCUUUUGGACGAAGCUGGCUGGAGUAGCCGAGGUCGUGGUGCAAGCGGAGCGGGACAGCGGAAGAAGAAGUGA